GAGUGUCAAAUCUUUAGAGCUAAGUGGGCGGGGGUUCACCUUGUCUGGGUAGCCAGACGCCCCACCCAACUCCGACUCAGUUUAGGCUCCGCCCUAUCUCCGCCCCCCGCGCCGUCUGACAGAGUCGGGAUCGCGCACAGGAGACAGACACCGAGUGACCGGGAGCGGAGGCGCCGAUCAGCUGCACUGACAGGGCUUCCCCAGACCUCCCUCAGUGGCGUGGCAACCAUCAUGCUCCAAGCUCAUAUGACACCCAGUCAUCAUUAGUCAAGAAUCUACACAGAUUGGCUCUUGUGUUGUGUGGGGGCAGCAGACAAACACCCACAAAUGAAUAAUCGCAAAGAGGACAUGGAGAUCCCUUCCCACUACCGGCAGCUGCUGCAGGAGUUAAAUGAACAGCGCCAACAUGGCAUCCUUUGCGAUGUCUGCAUCAUCGUGGAGGGAAAAAUUUUCAAAGCGCAUAAAAACGUCCUGCUGGGCAGCAGUCGAUACUUCAAGACCCUGUACUGUCAGGUGCAAAAAGCAUCAGAGCAGACUACCGUAACGCAGCUGGACAUAGUCACUGCCCAAGGUUUCAAGGCCAUCAUAGACUUUAUGUACUCUGCCCACUUGGCCCUGACCAGUAAGAAUGUCAUUGAGGUAAUGUCUGCCGCCAGCUAUCUGCAGAUGACUGACAUCGUCCAGGCCUGUCACAAUUUCAUCAAGGCUGCUCUGGACAUCAGCAUAAAGUCAGAGACUUCUGAUGAUUUAACAGACUAUGAUAUGGGUGCUCCAUCCAGCAGUGCUGAGGCUCUUCUCUCCGCUGUUGUGGCAGGGCGAAGCAUCUCUCCAUGGCUGGCUAGAAGAACAAGCCCGGCCAACUCCUCAGGAGACUCUGCCAUCGCCAGCUGUCAUGAGGGAGGGAGCAGUUAUGGGAAGGAGGACACUGAACAUAAGGGGGACAGCCAGGAUGAAGUGUCCUCUGUUUGGGCGGGAGAUGUAUGUUAUGGACCUUUGCACAUAAAAGAGGAGCAGGACUCUCCACCUCGUUAUGUGGGCCCAGACAAGGGUGACCCUGGGGCAUCUUACUUGGAGCAGGGGGAAGGCUGGCAGCACUCUGGGAGGCGGAAGAAUAGAAAGAACAAGGAGACCGUUCGUCACAUAACCCAACAAAUGGUGGAGAGCUGUAGAACUGGCUCCCCAGAGCCCUCCUUCAUCUCCAGCUCACAGUGGCAUUACAGCAACCAGGACAACUCCGGUGAUGAGGUGACAGUGAUUGAGCCGGGCAGUUCGGACAGCCGAGAGGAGCGAGUGGAUCUCUAUUCCCAAGGCGAGGAGUCUUUGCAGGGUGGUGAGGCCACUUACCUGUCUCACCCCCUGGGGCUGGAGAAAGAUGAGACCCACGCACAGGUCACCAACCUGCGCUCUGCAUUGCUCAGCAAAAACAGCCUCCUGUCCCUAAAGGCUGACAUUCUAGGGGAAGAGAGCUCCCUGCUGUUUGAAUACCUUCCCAAAGGUACUCACUCCCUCUCUCUCAAUGAGUUCACGGUCAUCCGGAAGAAGUUCAAGUGCCCGUACUGCAGCUUCUCUGCCAUGCACCAGUGCAUCCUCAAGAGACACAUGCGCUCGCACACAGGGGAGAGGCCGUACCCCUGUGAGAUCUGCGGCAAGAAGUUUACCCGGAGGGAGCACAUGAAGAGGCACACGCUGGUGCACAGUAAGGACAAGAAGUACGUGUGCAAGGUGUGUAACCGCGUGUUCAUGUCCGCCGCCAGUGUUGGCAUCAAACAUGGCUCCCGGAGGCACGGCGUUUGUGUGGAUUGUGUAGGACGCGGCGUGGCUCAUGGCGGAGGAGGACACUCCCCUGAUGGCAUGUACGCAGGAGAAGCCCACUACCUGGAUGAUGUGGACGAGCUGAAGGUGGACGAGGAGAUGGGCGGGGAGGAAGAGGAUGACAUCAAAUGGAAAGAUGAGGCAGAGAAUUCACAGGAUGAUGUCAUACUCGAAGAUGAUGACAUUGAGGAUUGCACCCCGGAUGUGAGUGGGGGGCAGAUGAAAGAGUUUACCUGGAUAGCCUAGUGAAGAAAGGGUUAAACAAGGACCCUAAGAGACCUUUCUGGCAGAGGAAGCUAAUGAUCUGGUCCCCCCCCUCCCCCACUGGUGGCAGGAGACUUGGCAGGUUGUUUGAUCCGCUUGCCAUUGCUUAUUUCUGGCAGCCACAGGGCCAGUACUGGUUUCACUUCACUGACAAUUCCUUCCUGUGAUUGCUGCCAGAGGGACCUGUACAGUUCAGGGGCCACACUUCCUAAAUCCUUGACAGCCAUCCAGGGGCCCCAGUUUCCAAAGUCACACUUUUUCACAAACUGCUUAGGAGGCAACUCCCCCCCCCCACUUCGAAUAUUCUUUCCCAUGUGACUCACACCUCCCUCAAUACCCCUAACACCCCUGCCUCUCCCCCAUCUGCCCUGCCAGCUGCUGUUUUUUUAAGCAAAUCUUUUUAGGAGGUUUCUAAUGUUUUCUAAUUGCUGAACACAAUCAGUGUGAGGAGCCAUCGCCCCACGGCACCCCCACCCACCACCUCUCUCUCUCUCUCCAUCUGGGCACCAAAACCUUGUGGGUUACUCUGUAGCAGGACAUGCAGAAAACAUUCCAUGUGUGGGUACCAGACUUGCAGGGACUCGCCCAUCAAAUGGCACCCGUAAAAUACCGGCCAGGUGGGCCGUGGCAACCCUACCAUAGCAUUAUAUGUCAGUAAUUAUUAAGGCUUCCCUGCCCUUCCCCCAUAAUUAGCCACUAAUUGCAUUGCCAGCUCUUCAGCCGAAGCAGCUGCCGACUACUUAAAGCUGCCACUGCCUAUUUGCUUGAGAGACACUGGGUUGAACUGAGGUCUGAGAUUAGGAUCCGUGGUGGCACAGAGGGCUGGUUGGGUGGGCUCUGGCUUCUCUGAUCUCUCAUUCUGAGUCUAUUUUUAACCAGUUCCCGUUUGCACAUGCCGCCCCUCCCUAAUCCUUACCCCCCCCCCCUUAUCCUGGCUCUGUGGGAAGAUCUGUUCCUCAACUGCAUUUCCUGAGGGUGAGCAGCCUGGCCUAUGGACUGGUAACUCCUCUGCCCACGUCAACUGACUCCAUGCCAUCAGGAAGAUAAUGAUCCACUCCAGCCAUUGAUUCCGGCAGGGGGAGGGUCACCUGCAGCCCUCACAUGUUGUUGAACUACAGCUGCACUUUGGCUUGUGCUUUAGCGCCAUCCGGUGGCUGCACAUUUAUUUUCCACUUGACAUAAACAAAGAAUAUCAUGGAGUUCUCUGCUCUGUCACUCAGAGGGUUAAUCAGUUCAUGAACUUUACCACCCUAACCUGUUUGCUAAUGCUGGGGAGACCCUCUCUUAGUCACCAUCCACCCCUUUUGCUUUUUUUUUUACUCUUUCCCAUAAAUUGAUUGAAUAUUUAUAUAUAAAUAUAUAUAUAUAUAUAAUUUCGUGAAAUAUGCAAGAACUGGAUAUUGGGUGCAGAUUUACAGCUAAAAGGGGAUUGGUAGCGCUAAUAUUAUAGGAAGAUUUCCCUGCUCCACCCCCAAGGGGCCGACCCUGCGCUUUCCUAUACACACACAUUAUUUAUUGUACCCUGUUUUCUUUUUAUUACACAUUUCUCAGACAAUAAAAUGGCAACGCCGUGCAAUGAA